CUCUCUCGACUGCCCGCUUAGGCAGUGUGUGUAUACAUAUACGCGCUUGCACACUGGCAACAGGGCCGGGCGUGUGUAUGAGUGUGGUUAAUUUUGCCGUGUUGCCGAACAUCUGUAUCUGUAUCUGUGGCAGCCAAUAGUUGUGGCAAGGCCCUCGAGCAACUCGCAACUCGCAACACAACCCAUAACAACAGCAUCCCCAAUAAGUGGCAGCAACUGCGCCGCAUAGCAGAGCACCAACGGCCGAAUUUGUUGUUAAUUGAAAUAAAUUGAAAUAAAUUCCCCGACUUUGCUGCUCAUAUUGUUAAUAAAGAGUAGCCGGAGCGGCGCAACAGCGAAUCAGAAUCAGCAGCAGUAAACAAAACUGUGAGCAAAAGUGGUUUUAGUUCCAUGCCAGCCGUCAAACGAUUUCGUGUGCAAACGACGAAGUACCAGAACAUCUCAGGAAUUCCCAGCGAAUAAUGUGAAUAAUCGCAGCAUCCGGUGACACAGCAGGACAUGCGCAGUGGCCUUUUUGGUAGUUGCAAUUUGGCCAACAGCGACUGAAAGAGCAGAGAGCGGACGACCAUGGCCUUUUCCCGCCACAACAUCGAGAAGCGCCGACUCAUCGAGCUCGUGCGACUCAACCCUAUCCUCUGGGACUGCCGCCUGCCGCACUACAAGCGCUCGGACAAGCGAAAGGCCAUCAAAUGGAACGAGCUGGGGCGGCUGUUCAACGUCAAUGGGGAGCGGGUGCAGCGUACGUUUACUUCGCUCCGCGAGAUCUUCCGUCGCGAGCUGAACCACGAGAAGAUGCUGGGCACCACGCGCUUUAAGUCCAAGUGGGAAUACUACGAUGCCAUGGCCUUCCUCAAGGAGGUCAUUCGGGAGCGCAAAUCCCGCGAGCGCGUCAAACACGGGUCUUUGGAUCCCGCCCCAGUGACCACAGGCAGCAACAACAACAACAACAACAACAACAAUAGCAGCAACAACAACAGCAGCAGUACGGGCCUCGACGAAUACCAGUACUUUGCUCCCAGCGACCCCAACAACCCGAACAAUCAGCCCCAGCCGCAGCCCGAUCGAAAGAGUAGUCAGCCAGUCACUUCGACCAGUCUAAGUCUCAGUCUUAGUCAGUUGCCAGCUGCCCUGCAGCAGCAGGCUCAGCACCUCCAAGCCCUACAGUUGCAACCAGACGUGACGCUGACCUCCCUGCAGAAACAACCUCUGGCCACUUCGCUCUCCAUUACCACACCCGUGCCCUUAGCACAAACCUCGCCCGCCCAGGUGUUGUCCAGCUCGCGCUCCUGCAGCUCUUCGCCCUCCAUCUACAUAAAGGACGAGCCGUGCUCUCCGGUGGGGGGUUGCCCGGAAGAAGGGAUGCCCGGAAAUGGGCAGGAGGUGACGCGGAAGAAGCUGGCCACAAUUCGUCCGCAGACCAAACAGCAACUUAAAGCGCGUCUGCAGCUGCCCACGCCCCAAAACUCAUCCUCGUACGCUACGUCGCCGCCCCAUUUGAUCAUCAAUGCCAACAACGAGCUUAUUGACACCGACGCCGGCGACCUGGAGGAGGAUCUGGACGACUUCGACGAGGACGACGACGUGACCGGACACUGCUCACCAAUCGUCGGUCAGUCGGACAUGAUGGGUGCUGACGGCAGACUCUCGGUCGGCAGCAUUUAUAUCGGAGAGGGUGGCGACUGUGGAAGGGGUCUGGGUAGAGCCCAAGCUCAAGCGCGACACGUGCCCACCUCCAGGGAGCUGCUCUACAUGAAAUUCGGUGACUUUCUUGCCGCCAGAUUGAACACUUUGCAUGAGACUGUAGCUAAUGAGCUGAUGAACAAGAUGCUGCUGCUAAUCGCAGAGAAGUGAGGAAUGCGGGAACCGAUGUCGCCUCCAAAAUGAUAGCUCCCAUCACCAAGGCGACUUCGUGCUAGAAGCGCAUUAGGUAGCGCAAAUCAAGUCUGUACUAUGUGCCAUACGAGUAUAAGCAACUUUAAAGCGUAUAAUAGUCUAUUAUUAAAAUAAAUGGAAUAGUCUGUAAAUCAAAACGGUUCAAAAAAUGCGACAAAUAAAACUACACAACUCC